GGGAGAAGAAAAGAAGGACCCACGUUUUCCCUCCAAAAUCCAAAACAGUCUCUCUCUUCUCUCCUUCCUCCCUGAGUGCCCUUCGAAAUUGAACCCAUCAUUUUCAGCAACGAAUUCAAUGCUCUCUCUCUCUUCUGUGCCGUGCGCUUUCUGCAAUCAACGAUGAAACCCCUCUCCUAUAAAUCCCCCAAUCUCACUCUCCCUCACUCUCACUCCCACUCCGCCCAUCGCCGCCGCUUACGAAUCGCCGAUAUCCUCCUCUCCGACGAAGAUUUCAUGGACGGCGUCCAAAAAACGCCGCCCUCGCCGAGAAGCCGCUACUCGCCUCGCCGGCUCGUUGCUUGGUUGCUGGCGGCGCUCAAACCAACCAAACACCACCGACGCUGCCUAAGCAACGCCACCGAUUCAGAGACGCCGUCGUCGUCGCCGAUCACCAACGAUCUAACACCAGGAGAGUUACAAUUGAACGAUGCAUCGUUCAAGGUAGGAGUUGGUUGUGGAUUGAUGUAUCUGAUUGCAGCGAGUAAGAACGAGUUUGGGAAGAUGGUUGAGUUGCGGAAAGAAAUGGAAAUGCUCCUUCAAAACGUGAAAGGAGAGUUAGAAAGUAAAGGCGGCGGCGCGAUUCUUAAGCCAUUCAAACAAAGUGAUGAUGGUGGUGGUGGUGGUGGAGCCUUUGCCUGUUCCAUUACUGAUGUUCCUGAAUUUUGUUCUAGCUCUAACAGCCAUUUGUCAGUUCACUCGCGGAAACCGCGUGCUCAGCUGGAGAGUAAAAGCAAUAUGGUUCGUAACCGGUUUCUGGAUUAUGGGGUGAGUGAACAUGAUGAGUAUGCUGGAGAAAUUACUGAGCUUCAGGAGGAAUUUGAAUUUGAGUUACAACGGUUGCAGCUGUAUUUGGAUGGAGAAGCUGCAUUUGAAGAUGCACAAGGAGGAAGAGUUGAGGUAAAUGUUAAAGACUCUUGUUCUGAAAGCAAUAGCUCAAGUUUCGGUGAAAUAACAAUGGAGCCUCAGGUAGCAAGUUAUGAUGUAUCAUUUGGAGUCCCUCCAGUUGAACUAGAGAGAAGGUUGCAUGAACUACUUGAAACAAGACUGCAUGAACACAUAACAGAGCUGGAGUCUAAAUUAGAAUGUACCACGCAGAAGCUUGAUGAGAAAGAGUUAGAGGUUACUUGGUGGAAAGACACUGCUCGACUCAUCGCACUACAUGUUCCAGAAACUUAUCGAUUUACUUUCCAACUUGAUCCUGACACUGAUUUGAAGUUGAGACAAGUUGUAGGGUAGCUUUUGAAUAAUGUGAAACUGAUUAAUGGCAUGUUGCUUGAACAGAUCUUUUUUCUCAAGUUUUUGGUUUAGUCCUCUCCAUUAAAGGGUUGGGAGGAUAAUGUCCAAUAGGUUUUGCAAUGAACUAAUGAUCAAUGAGACUAUAGAAAACGAAAGAGUCAAAAUAGCCUUUAAAAUUGUAGAGUGGUACUCAUGAUGUGUGAAAGUGAUUGUUCUGUUGUGGAGCUUUUUUGAGAUUAUUCUAAAGAGUAAAAUACACUCCCCUCCCUUGAGGUUUGCCAAUA